AUGGAAAUAUGGGCGGAAGAAGGUGAACAGGAUUCUGAGCGGAGGGAUGGUCCUGGUGACGAAAUCGGCUCGGAUUCAACCCUGGAGUGCAUUAGAAACUUCCCCAUGUACUCGCCUCCGAGAUCGCUCACCGACUGGCGCGCCGACCAAGUGCAGUCCCCGCUGCUGGACUUAUGCGGCCUUCAGUUCGGAUAUGAGGCUUACUUGCCACUGGCUACCACCACCGUGUGCAAUAUUAAAGCAUCUAUUGGUUUUCCAAAAUUGAAGCGGCUCAAGCGCUCUUCUUUAUGGGAGUGGCCCUUGGGGGAUUUAUUGGAGUGGCUCGCGGGGGAUUCCGGUUUCUUAAAAAACGAAUUUUUAGAAAAGAAAGGUAAUUUGUCGGACAACGUAAAAGAUUCUAUCUCUGUGCAGUCUGUUGGUUGUAUGUCUUUGUAUAAGCAUGGAUGCUUCAUGUAUAGGUCCUCCUUUUUGUUCUUUUUUCUGGUUGUCAUGGCUUUGGAGUUCCUUGUUUACCUCAAUUUCACAAAAGUAUCUGACAGUGGCCUAUCAUGUUUCAGAUCAAUAGACAAACCGAUCAAUGCUCAGGCUCUCAUCCAUUCUGCACUUUACUCCCAGCCGUGCAAACUUAACUUUUUUGGGUCACAAGCCACUGGAAUAUACCUUACAGUUCAAUGCUUCAUAGAGAAAGAGAGCAAUGCUCAGGGGUUUUUUCUAGAAGGAAGAUAUGUCGAAGCCUACCAUCGUUCAGACAUCAAGUACUUUUAUCAAUCCAUCAAAAAGUUCAUGCGUUGGCUAGAUUCAUCAGAAGAAAAGAUGUUUGGGGGAUUAGGAGUUAAAUACAUUGAACAAAAGGUUGAAAGUGCAGAAAAGAGUUGCAUUACUAUAUCUCAUUUGAAAGGAAAAAGUACUACUGAGAGACCAAAGAGGAAGUAUAGGACUGCGUAUUUGAUUACUUUAGAUGAUCUCUGCCAACUUUUUGGCCAUAAACGUGCAGACGCUGCAAAGACCCUUGGCGGUUGCUGGAUUGGUGCUGAAAUGAACCAUAUAGUUCAGUUCUUGAAAGUGGAAGAGAGUAAUGCUCAGGGGUAUUCUCUAGAAGGAAGAUGUGUUAAAGCCAACAAUGUUAUGGACGAGAAACUCAAUUCAGGGGUUCAAUACAACCAAACGUUCGAGCGUCGGCCUGGCGUGGAGAUUAUUCAGCUAGAUUCAUCCGAAGAACGAAUAUUUGGGGAAUUAGGUGCUAAGAACAUUGGACAAAAAGUUGAAAGUGCAGAAAAGAGUUGCACCGCUAUAUCGGAUUCAAAGAAGAAAAAUACAAUUGAGACACCAAAGAGAAAGUAUAGGACUAAGCGUUCGAUUACUUUAGAUGAUCUCCGAUCACUUUUUCGCCAGAAACGUGCAGACGCUGCAAAGACCCUCAGUGUUAGCGUAUCUACAUUUAAACGCUACUGUAGGCAGAAUAAAAUCACACGGUGGAAUGGUGAUGGAUGCUCUAUCGUUGAGCCGAUGCUUGUAAAUAAUUCCGUUCAACAAAAUUCAUCAGGCUCUAAACCCCCUGAAGUACAGGGAGAAAAGGAGAUAUCGGCUCUUUUGGGUGCAAGACAAGAUGCUGUGAUCAUAAAGGCAAAAUAUGGAGAUGGUAUUUUGAAAUUUCAGCUUUCUUCGGAAUCUGGUUUUCCAGAGUUACAGGAAGCAGUGGCAAAAAGACUGAAGUCACAGGCCUUCAUUGUCGAGUAUGAGGAUGAGGAUCAAGAGCCGAUAAUGAUUACCUGUGAUGAAGACUGGCAGGCAUGUGUGAAAUUUUUUGGCAAUCAAGGGAUCCGACUAGCAAUCAGAGAGAAGAUUUCCAAUUCUAAGAAAUCCCGCGGAAGUGGCAGAGGACUGAAGAGGAAAAUGUCAUAGACAUGAUCUACGUUCAGCUCGAAACUUUCUCGAUUUAGAUUUAAAAUAGCCAGGUCAAAUUCGUGUUUAGGAUUUUGAUUGUUUAUCACUUUUUUCUGAACCGGUCUCUUAAGUGAUUGAGCAGAUUAGUAUAAAUUAAGCUACUCAGGCUUGACUUUCUGUACGACACUAGUUUGUACAACGAUAGUUUGGAGUGUGUUGCAGUAUAGGUUGAUCAACCUAA